UUUGCCUGGUGUGUGCAUCUUCCCAUCCUGCUUAUUGCCAGCAUGAGUUGUGGACGAGGAAGGGGUCAUCGUGGCCACCAUGUCCAUCAUGAGCAUCAUGAACACCAUGGACACCGUGGCCACCAUGGCCACGGCCAUCAUGAGCAUCAUGAACUCCAUGGACACUGUGGCCACCAUGGCCACGGCCAUCAUGAGCAUCAUGGACACUUUGGACCCCUCCAACCUCAGGUUGUGAUUUGUGGCCCGACACAAACAACCACAACCACCUUUAAGAUUCCAGCUAAGGUUUCAAAACCAAUCAUGCAGCCUAGCAUUCCCUAUCUCGGACCAAUAGCUGGAGGUUUAAAACCAGGGACUCGAUUUCAUGUCGAAGGAACUGUUCACCCUAAUGCCAAAGAGUUUCAAAUUAACUUCAAAACAGGGGUAAACACUGCCGAUGAUGUCGCCUUUCAUUUCAACCCCCGGAUCGGUCAAUAUGUUUACAUGAACAUCUUCAAAAAUGGGAAAUGGCAGAAGGAGGAAUUGGGUCCUGAUAAGCCCUUUACUAGAGGAGCAUCCUUUAAAUUACUGUUUCUCGUUAAUACGGAUUUCUAUGAGGUCUAUGUGAAUGGACAGCCUCUCUACAAAUUCAAACACCGAAUUCCUUUCGAGAGCGUUACUACACUUGGAAUAGUCGGAGAUGUUAUAAUACACUGGAUGGGUUUUGAAAAAUGGACAAGUCCUUAUUUGUUCAAAGAGAGCAAAGUCAUACUAAUGGGAUGUGGAGGCUGGACAUUUAUUCCAUUACAGAUUUCCUACCCAAUCAGUAACCCAGUACUUCCCUAUGUGGGUGAAAUCCCAGGAGGGGUAAAACAAGACAGAGCUGUAGUUUUUCAAGGGACUGUUUCUGCAGAUGCAAACUGGUUUGUAAUAAAUUUCAAAGCAGGUCCAUCUGAUGGUGAUGACAUUGCUUUUCAUUACAACCCUCGCUUUGGUGAUCUUACCACCAUGAACAGCUUCAGAAACGGAAACUGGGAGAUGGAGGAAAAAACUGACCAUAAUCCUUUCACCAAGGGAGGAGCCUUCAUAAUUCUUGUAAUCAUCAAUUCCGAGGGCUAUGAGGUCUUUGUGAACGGUUUAGGACAUUGCACCUUCAAGCACCGCAUUCCCCUGGAGAAAGUGUCUACUAUUAACGUUCAUGGAGACAUUUCCCUCCUCGUCUGGGGUUUCAUUGAUGGCUGGAGUACUACUUCAUCCUCAAAGGAGCUCAAGAAAAUCACAAGCACACAGAGCUCAACCUCGAGUUUCAAAUCCGCACAUUUAGAGAUUUCAUAUCCAGUCAUUAGCCCUGCACUUCCCUAUGUGAGUCAAGUACCUGGACGGUUACAUCAAGACAGGGCUAUUUUCCUCCAAGGCACAGUUCUUGCGGAUGCUAGAAGCUUUACUAUAAAUUUCAAGACAGGGCCUUCUGAUGGUGAUGACAUCGCUUUUCAUUACAAUCCUUGCAUUGGUAAUUAUACAGCCCUGAACAGCUUCAGAAAAGGAAACUGGGAUAAACAGGAAAAUGCACCUGAUAAACCAUUUACCAAGGGAGGAAACUUCCAAAUUAUUGUAGCCUUCAACUCUGAGGGUUACGAGGUCUAUGUGAAUGGUUUAAGACACUGCACAUUCAAGCACCGAAUUCCUCUAGAGAAAGUUUCAACACUUGAAAUCCGGGGUGAUAUUUCACAACUCAUAUGGGGUUUUAUAGAUGGCUGGAGUACUUCUUCAUUCUUUAUAGAACUUCAGAAAAUGCCAAUCACACAGAGUGUAACCACAAUGUUUGGAUCCACACCUUUCCAGAUUUCACAACCAAUCAGAAACCCAACAUUUCCCUAUGUGGGUAAAAUCCCAGGAGGGAUUAAACAAGAUAUGGCUGUAUUCUUCCAAGGGACUCUUCUUCCAGAUGCCAAAACCUUUGCAAUAAAUUUCAAAACGGGGCCGUCUGCUGGUGAUGACAUCGCUUUUCAUUUCAAUCCUCGCAUUGGUGAUUUUACCGCCCUGAACAGCUUGAGUAAUGGAAACUGGGAUAAACAGGAAAUUGCACCUGAUCAGCCCUUUACCAUGGGAGGAGACUUCCAAAUGAUUGUAGCCUUCAACUCUGAGGGUUACGAGGUCUAUGUGAAUGGAUUAAGGCAUUGUGUGUUUAAGCAUCGCGUACCUUUAGAGAAAGUUUCAACAAUUGAAAUCCCUGGAGGUCUUUCCAAGCUCAUGUUUGGCUUUUUAUAUGGCUGGAGUACUUCUUCAUUCUUUAUGGAACUUCAGAAAAUCCCAGUCCCACAGAGUGUAUCCAUAAUGCUUGGAUCCACACCUUUCCAGAUUCCACAACCAAUCAGUAACCCAGCAGUUCCCUAUCUGUGUAAAAUACCAGGAGGGAGUAAAACAAAUAUGGCUUUAUUCUUACAAGGGACUGUUCUUCCAGAUGGCAAGCGAUUUACAAUAGAUUUCUCUGUUGACAAAGACAUCGCUUUUCAUUACAAACCUCAAAUGGGUCAACAUACCAUUCUGAACAGCUUUAGAAAUGGAAACUGGGAUAAAGAGGAAAUGGCACCUGAUAAACCCUUCACCAAGGGAGGAGCCUUCCAAGUGAUUGUAGGCUUCAGCUCUGAGGAAUAUCUGGUUAUGGUGAACGGAUUACGCCACUGCACAUUUAAGCAUCGCAUUCCUUUAGAGAAAGUUUCUGAAAUUUUUGUUCACGGAGACGUUGCCAUUCAGCUCAUUGGUUUUGUUGAAAACUGGAGAAUUGCAUAAAUUAUAAAUGGGCAAAGCACACAUGGGCAAGAUGUUCCAAAGGCUGAAAGUUUUGCAGCAGUAAUUUUUUGAAAGUGUGGAUAGAUAUCAAAAUAAUCUCUUGUUAAAUUUGAUAUUACCUUGUAAUCAUUGUUUUUGUACAAACUAUACAAUUUGGGACAUGAUGCGAUUCUACACUAGACAUUUUACCAACCAGUCUGAUCAACAGAAAUCUUAACAAUUUAAAGCACACUGCCUCAACUUCCUUAGUUUCCAGACAUUUACUGACAAUUAUAUUCAUAAUAUUAUUUGCUAAUUACCCUUAUAUGUAACAAUUAUACAUCAAUGUCCAGAAAACAAAAAUCCAAGGUAACUUUUAAAUACUAUACCAUCUCAGGUCAGACAUUUACUUUAAAGUUUUUGAUUCAUAAUAAAUUUGCUGCGAGGCCUGUUUGGAUACUCCUCUUGACAAUGGAGACAAAAAAAAAAAAAUUUUUCUAUGCAGAAAUGCAGAAUGAUGUGAUAAGGCCGUCCAGAAGCUACAAAUUAACUUCUGGGCAGAUAUUUGUUGAAGGGUAGCUUGUCUGUGCAACACUACACUAGAAAGGCUUUAAUAUUUUUAAGCUUGCUUUAUGAUUCUCAGUUAGAGAGACUCAAAGGAGGGAAUCAGGGAACAUAAUGUUACUUUUCUUUCACUUGUCUUAUGGGCUAAGGGGCAAACAUUGGUUAUUCAUAUUUACUCCUGUUUUAGAUUAAAAUACCUUUUAGGAGGUAUGGUGCAUUUUACCUUCUUCUGGAUUAUGGCUUAAUUUGUGCUGAAAAUGGAAAUCUUUAAACUGAUUUACUGCUGAAUUUCUCUGUUAAUUCUAAAUAAAAACAACUUCAGGUA